AUGCCUGGUCCACCACCUGUAGUUAUUCUUGGAACAUUACCUAUCAUUGAAAUAUGUGUUCCACUUUUACGUCAAUUUGGUUUCCAGGUUAUUCAUUUAUGGUCACCAAAACGUUUUACAUCUCUUACAAAAAAAUUAGUUCAAGAUCAAUUGAAACUUGAUUCUUAUUCGUGUUCAACAUAUUCUCUUGAACAAAUUCUCAGUACAUCAUCACAACCUCUUCUUGUAUGGGUAUGUGUUGAACCCGAUCAGCAUUUAUCAUUAAUAUCAAAAAUAAUUGAACAAAAACAUCAUUUCGUUUUUCUAUCACCAUUUACUCUGGAUACACGAGAACUAUCACAAAUAAUACAAAAAUCAACGUUAAAUAAAACAACUCUCAAUUGUUUCUGUUAUUUGUUUGCCUUCUUGCCAACAUAUAUCAAAUUAAAACGAAUGUUACAAGAUGAUAAAGAGAAUAUUGGUGACAUAUUAUUAGUUGAUUUACGUGUAAAAUGUUCAUCAUUAUCUUCAACGUCAGACCCUUAUCCUUAUUGGAUAAAUGAUACAAUGUCAGGAGGUAUUCUGUCUCGUUUUGGCUCUCUAUCAUUAGCUCUUUUAUGUUACCUGCUUGGCUCGUCUUACACAAUAUUAAGUAUUAGAAAUGCACAAAUAAAAACUUAUCAGAAUAAUAGUCGAAUAGAUGAUUAUUGUUCAUUUCAAUUAAAUUAUUCAUCAAAUCUUACAGUAAAUGUUACGAUCAACUCAAAUGCACACUGUUCAUAUACACAAGAAUUAGUUAUGUACUGUUCAAAAGCAUGUCUCAUCGUUCAAGAUUAUAAGUUAUCGAUUAAAAGAUGGUAAGAGUGACAAAAUUGACUAAGAUUUAACCGUAUUAGAAGAGUGUGAUAAGUUAUCACACUCUUAUUACUGAUAAGAGCUCAAGUAAAUAAACAGUAUGAGCUUGAUCAUGUGCAAAGUAAAGUAAGGGGAAAAAGCAACAAACAGAUUGG